AUGACAAAUACUGCUAUAAAAAGAAUUAAAAAAAAUAAUAUUUUAAAUAAUAAUCAAAAUAAUCAUUAUUUAAAACAUAUAUCACCUAAUAGACAACAACAACAAGUUAAUAAUAAUAAUAAUAUUGAAAUUAUUUCAUUAAACAAUAAUAAUCAAAAUAAUAAUUUACCUAUUCAAUCAAAUAAUAAUAAUAAUAUAAAAUCACAACAAGUAGUAGUAACAAAUUCAUCACCACUAAGAAAUGUACCAACAAUAACAGAUAAAGAAAUUGAAAAUAUUCAACCAAUCAUGAUGAAUCAACAAUCUAAUACUCAAUCAAAUAAUACUACUCAUAAUUCACAUAAUACUAAUUCCAAUAAUUCACAUAAUACUAAUAAUUCACAUACUGAAAAAUUUCUAAAAACUUCAAGUGUUUCAGAUUUUAAAGUUCAAUGUAAAGCUGAAGGUAGUAAUGUUAUAUUUACAUUUGAUAAAAAAGUAAAUAUUAAAAGAAUUAGAAUUAAAACACCUGGUAAUAGAAGAGGACCACAAUAUUAUUCAUGUUUUAUACCAAUUAUACCUAAUAAUACAUCUAUUAUAUUAUUAAAUAAUCAAUCUUCUAAUAAUUUUAAUAAUAAAUCUAAUAGAAUGAAAAUAGGUGAAGGUAUUUUAGAAGAUUCAGAAUCAAUACAAUAUUUAAAUUUAUUUACAAAAGAUGAAGGUGUUAAAUGUAAAGAAUUAAUUUGUACUUUUUGUCCAUUUGAAGGUCAAAAAUCAUUUAAAAUUAUUGAUAUGAAAAUUGAAUGUAAUUAA